AGUGUGUUGUGUUCCAACUCACUUUUGUAAAUUGAAAACAUAAGAAGAGAAAGAGAAAAAUGAAUCAAUUUUCUUCUACAAAAGUGCCAGGCUUAGAACUACGAAGAUAGCCUCAUGGCAGAGUCUGGGGACAGGAAGUGGUCUCCUUUCAUCUGUUCCAGGUCCAGACAACAGACAAAGGUGCGCAGCUUCUUGAGUUCGGAUCAGCUCACCGAUUUGGUGACGACCCGCCAGGGCCGAACUAUCAGGCCGCUUCAACAGGAGUACCUCACCAAGGAGUAUGGCCGGAGAGAGGAGAUCUACAGCCUGCUUCUGUACAAUCCUGACCCCAAGCUGAGUGAGACGAUGGUGGAGCAGGUGGUGGAGAAGGGGAUGGGGGUGAUGCCAAGAGAGAGGAAUCACAGAGGGUCUAGUUCUCCCUCCGUCAUGGAGGACACGGCUAAGGAAGCCCCAGAGGGACCCAGUGGCGCCGCACCAAACCAUCCUAGAGGUGAGGUGGAGGCUCGGGUGACAGAGUCCCGCCAGAUGGACGGAGAAGCGCGUCUGGACCUGAGCUUAAAGCUGCUGGAGCUGUGGGGCAACAAAGAGGCCACGAGGAAACUGUUGGAGUCACUGGAAUGCUCCUGGGCUGGCAGGACGCUGGAAGAGGAGGAGGAGGAAGAGGAUUGGGAGGAGGAGGAGGAUGUCGAGGACUUGAAAGCGCAGACUGAGGAAGAUCUGGCGUGCCGGGACCGGACCCCGACGGACCCCCACGGUUUGUCAUUGGACGAGCAGGGGAUGCAUGAGGAGCUGGAGGAGACCAUGAGGGCGAUCCAGGCAGAGGUCCUGCGGACGGAGAUGACGGCCGUGUGGAGGGCUCACCGUCGUAACCUGGCACGCUUCAGACACGUCCUCCGCGUGUGGCGGAGCACGUGGAGGCCCCGGAGCCCUCUGAGCCCCACCAGCCCUGGAGAGAACCCGUCCGCAACGGACAGACUCGGGGGAACAUAUCUAGAGUCAGGUGAGGAGGAGGAGGAGGAGGCCAUAAGGUGUCUUGAGGAACGACGAGAAGAGGAAGAGGCAAGGCUGAUGGAGAGACAGUGGAAGACCUGGAUGGACAACCAGGAGAUGGGGGCAAAUAAGAAGGAUACGGAGCGGGGAGUUGAGGAGAAGGGGCAGGUUGUUAAGCCCCCACGUCCCUGCCAGGACCCGGGUUGUUCAAUGCCUACGAAGGCAACCCUGGGCCAAACGCUGUCUGAAGCAACGGGUGACUCAGGAGCCCGUUCCACCACAGUGGGUAACGCCAAUGGCAUCGUCACGCAGAUGCAGAAGCUUAGAACCUUUAGGAGAAUGAAGAGGUGGUUAACCGGCAUCAAUGAUAAGAAGUGGAUGACCCUGGAGGAAGAAGUCGAAGAGUUACUUCUGACAACUGAAAACAGUUGCAUGAGAUAUUUCUGUUUUAACUGCAUGAAAAAAAGAUACCUUCAAUUAAAAUACCAGAGCAGACUAAAACAGUGAUGAUAUAAUACUGAAUUUGAAUAAAAAUAA